ACCGUUUAGGGGCUUUGCCAAUUUGUAACUUCGCCCCUCAGAAACUCCGUUAUUCCCAACUUCGUCCCUGAGCUCCAUCUCCAUUUUCGAAACUCAAAAGCAAUUAAGCAAACCAUCGCUGCUUCCCACGCUUCCGUCACUCCUUUCCCAAUCGUCUCUCACACACUUCCAGUUCGUUCCCUUCCUCCCCGCAUCGGGCGGCUGACGGCAGCGAUGGCCCCACCGAAGGCCGCUCGCACGAUCUCGCAGCAAGCCUUCGACGAAGUUGUGAUGGAGAACAUUGACGACCUCGGCAUGGACCCCUCCGAAGCCCUCGCCGACGCUGUCGAGACCCUCACCCUCCAAGGCGUCGACCUCUCCGGGAUUGUUCUGUGCGUGCCGGGUGCAACUACUGUUAAGGAUAAUCCCGUCAUUGAGUGUUUGGAUAGGCUGAAGCAAUUGGAUUCGGAUUGGGAAGGUCGGGAUUGCGAAGAGGUGGAGGGGUUGUUUGACAAGCUCAGUGAGUUGUGUUGUGUUGAGGGGAAUGCGGUGAUCGCGUCAAGGAAUAGGGGAGUGGAAUUGGCGUGUUCGAUUUGUUCCAAGAUGCGAGUUGAUUGCGGACGCGGUGUUGUUUCGUCUUUAAAAGCAUUGGCAUUGUUUAUUCAUGAUCUUCAGAGUACGGAUGCAUUUCAUAAAAGUUGUGGAGAGGCACUUGUGAUGGACAUACUAAAGAAUGGCAGUCAUGAUAUAAAUAUUUUAAACAGCAGUUUCUCUAUUGUUGCUGCAGCUGCAACUGGUAAUGAGGUUGUUAAAGACUCAUUUAUGGAAUUGAAAAUUGAUGAACUUAUUGUGCAAGUUAUGAGGGAACAGAGUAAAGGAAGCAUCCAGAGUUUAUAUGACUCUAUCCGUGUUCUAGUGACAGCUGAUGAUAAUCGUGUCGUGGCUUCUCAAGUUUAUGGUUAUGCUCGGAGAUUUGCAAAACUUGGAAUUGCAGGAGUUCUUGUGGAAUCACUUCAAGGAGGACUCAGCUCACCUAGUCUAGUCUCUGCAAGCAUUACUUUGAAGGCUAUUGCUGUGAAUGAUGAAAUAUGUAGAUCCAUUGCUGAAAAUGGUGGUAUAGAUGCAGUUCUUCGAUGUAUUGAUGACAGUGGUCUACAGCGGAAUAGAACUGUUGCUAGAGCUUGCUGUUCUUUGUUAUCCAAGUUGGCAGGAAGUGAUGCAAAUAAGAACGAAAUUGUUGAUAAGGGAGGGAUGGAUGGUUUAAUCAAACUGUCAGCAAGAUUUUCUGAUGAACCUUCUGUUCUCCAAGAGGUUAUGUCUAUCAUCUGUGCGCUUUCUUUGAGAUCCCCAAACAAUGCAGCUCGUGCCAUUGAAGCUGGAGCUGGAGACAUUGUUAUUCAAGCAAUGCAGAAGUUUCCAGCAGCGCAGCAAAUGCAGAGGAACUCCUGUCUUAUGAUACGAAACCUUGUGGUCAGGAAUCCAGAGAACAGAACUCUUUUGCUCAACAUUGGGAUUGAGAAAUUUGUAAGGAAGGCCAAAGAAAACCAUGAGAGCUGCAAGGAUGCUGCUUCUGCUGCACUCAGGGAUCUGGGACUCAAUGACUACAACUUAAGGAAGAAGGAAAAACAUGAAGGGGGCAACACAACAAACCUCGUCAAAGAAGGCCAUGUGAUCAUCGACGAGUGGACAGUAGAGGUUCGUCGACGAAUAAUUACUGAGACUAGAAAUUUCAAACUUUUGGCAUCGUCGACAAAAGCAUUGUAUACGUCGACGAAGGUUCUUCUUGGUCUUGUCGAUGAAGCCCUGUGUUCGUCGAUGAGAGGCACUUGCACUGCGGCAGUUUCUUCGGAAAUUUGAAUUUUUUAAACGUUGGGUGGUUGGACAAAUAGGGGGAAACGUUCGAGGAACCUCUAUAUAUGUCAUCUGGGCAUAUUUUGAGAGGGAGAGUGAUCAUUUUUUAGAAGUGUAUUGUGUACAUUUUGAUUUCUAUAGUGAAAUUUGUAUGUCAUUGCUUCCGAUGAUGUAGAUUUUGCCAAACCACGUAAAUUUUUGUGUUGAUCUUGUUAUAGUUUUAUGUU